AUGGCAUUCUCCUCAAUUAAUUCCUCGGGCGUGCCCAUUGCCGCCAUCGAAGAGGCAUUCGCGACAGAGCCCUCAUUGAAGAAGAGAGUCUACGAUGCGAUCGGAACAACACCGCAGCACCAACCUUUGUUUGAAGAUCUUGCGAAACACACCUCCAGCCUGCUGGCCAGGACUGCUAAGACUACCCUCCCUUCUCGGCCCUCGGCCAGUGAUGGCCCUGCCGCUAAAAAGCGCAAGCUGCAGAAUGGUGACUCGGGUGAGACUGCGCAGGCGUCAGUCGACAUGAAGAACGGCGAUGCGCCUGUUCAGUUCUACGUUCAAGAUGUCUCUUUCGCUACACCGCAGAGGAAAAAGCUCACGCUUGAGAUCACUGCUGGGCACCGAUUCCUUCGGGCAAGGAACCAAACUACAAAGGAGAUUGAAUUCGGUGUUUCUAUGGACAAGAUCCGACAUGCGCUCUGCCUUCCUGUGCCAGAAAAGACUCAGAAACAGUUCAAUUUUUGCAUCAUUCCCGAGUAUGCGGAUGGCAUCACACCCCCACCUGAGGGAACAACAGUCUCCGAAGCUAUGGUGUUUACGAUAGCCGAUGGGCCAGCCAAGGCUGCAUUCUCAGGGAAUGGGCAGCAGAUUGGAAAUGGCUCGGGCGAAACGGCCGAGGGACUGCUACGCAAAAUCCUGAAUGACAACCUGUCUCACACCAAUGUUGUGCGCCCCGAUGACCGACAGUUUGUCAGUGCCAUGCCAGAGGCGCACCGAAAGGGCGAGAAAGCAUACCAUGUUAAGGCAUUCCGCGGCAGCAAAGAAGGCUACCUCUUCCUUCUGUCUACGGGCAUUCUGUUCGCGUUCAAGAAACCGCUUCUGUUUUUCUCGUUCGACACCAUUGACUCGGUCUCGUACACCUCUGUCCUGCAGCGGACAUUCAACCUCAAUGUCAUGGCUCGCCCAGCAAACAGCACCGAGGAGGACAUCCAAGAAUUUGAAUUUUCAAUGGUUGACCAGGAUAACUUCUCCGGAAUCGACGCGUAUAUCAAGCGCCACGGUCUUCAAGAUGCCAGUCUGGCUGAGGCGCGUCGCGCUAAGGUUUACAACGUGAACAAAACCGGGGAAGAUCUAGCAGCACCUACCGCUGAAGGAACCGGGGAAGGUGAAAGCGAGCUCCAGAAAGCCCAGCGCGAGCUUGAGGAUCAAGAGGACGAAGAAGAAGAGGACUACGAUCCUGGCAGUGACGAUAGUGAAGGCAGCGGGUCCAGCAGUGAAGAGGACAGCGAGGAGGAAGAAGAAGAAGCCCAGGACAGUGACGAAGAUAUGGAUCUGGUCAAGAAUGAGCUUGGCAGUGAAGCUGAAGAUGCUGGAGAUGAUUAA